AUGACGCGACGCGUCAGAAACGUCGAUGCAAGCGAGUGGGACGAUGGCUGGGGCGAUGAUUCUUGGGGCUCCAGCUGGGGAGGUGGAUGGGACGAGGGCUACGUCAAGCCCAAGGCCAAACCAAAAGCAAAGUCCAACGUCAUCCCGGGUAUGGCUCCAAAGGCCAAAGCCUCCACGAAAGCAGCCGCAAAGGCCAAGGCGGACCCAAAGCCCAAGAGCGAGCCCCAGGUGGAAAAGUUCGAGCCGCCGCCCCGGCAGGAAGAGGAGGCACCAGAGUUGCCUCCAGACACGGCCGUGGCCUCAGCUGAAUGA